AUGUAUUACUGGUGGACACAACAUGCUCGUUUUGAGCAUAUUUCAAUUCAACUUGAUGCUAGUGCAUCUGCACCAAAACAAAAAAAAACAAUAGCUUUUAUUGCUUUUACAGCUUACACUUCUGCUGGUUAUGGUCGUCCUGCUGUUAUUGUUCUUAUUGCAUUAUUUUUCUUUGAAUCAAUUAUGUUUCCAACUAUAUUCGUGAUGGAUACCGUUAAUCUUGAUCGUCGUACAGCUGGUUUUCUUAUAAUGGAAGUCUUCGGCGAUGCUGUUUUCUCAUCAAUUAAUUAUGGUUUUAGUUGUGCUGAAUCAACAAAUUUCGCUUUGGAACAUUGGAUUGAAUAUGAUAAACAUUGA